AAGAGAAGAAGAGAAGAGAGAAGCCUAGGGCUUUAGACAACUUCUCUUCGUGCGUCUCCUCUCUCACGCCGAACGCCGAACGCCGAACGCCGAACGUCAAACGCCGCCACCCCUCUCAUGCCGAAUGCCGACCUCAAACUGCCGGUCGACGUUCAUCCUCCUCCAUCUUCACCGCCGGCCUGCCAGUCUCGGCCUUGUGGUGAUCUCGUAUGUAGCGCUCGAUUACCUCCGCUACGUCUCCCCGUCGUGGCACGCGCGGCUCCAGCCGGCGUUGUGGGUGGUGCUGGCCCUCUCUGCCGCGGUGCACGCACCCUUCUACUCGCACUGGCCCUCUCAAGAUUUCUGGCGUUAGGGCAUUGGACACGGCUGAGCGAAAUGUGAGACAAGCUUCUCGUGCUCUAGAACAAGGGAAGGCUUUGAUUCUAAAAGGUGUAUCUGAAACAAAGAAAGAGCAUGGGAAGGAAUUGCUUGAAAAGCUGGCUGUUGGGAUGCAAGAGCUUGAAGGCAUUAUCCAACAAAGAGAUAGGGAGGCAGUGGGCCCAAAGCAGAAGGAACUCUUACAAUAUGUUGGAGGUAUUGAAGAGGAUAUGGUGGAUGGUUUCCCCUUCGAGAUUCCAGAGGAGUACAGUAAUUUGCCUCUUUUAAAAGGAAAAGCAAUUGUGGAUAUUAAGGUUAAAGUUGAGGACAAUCCCAAUGUCCAGGAUUGCGUGUUCCGCAUAAUACUCGAUGGAAUGAAUUUGCAUCAUUACUGGAGUGACAAAACUUUGACUAAGUCUGUAUCUCAACAUUUUGAAUCUAUAAACACCUACAUAGAACAUAUACUAGUUAUCCCAGUCAGACCUUGCCAUGUGGGCUACAGAAACAAUCUUAUAUGUCAUCUGCAAGUGUCUUUUCAGAUAUUUUGAAUGGUGAAUGGAGGUAUUCAAAAACUCUUGCUAAAUAGCUCGGAUAUGGAUGAUUAUAGGAGCAGCAACUACAUGCUAUGUGACACUACAUCCGAACCUCAAGGGUGUGACUGGAAAGUACUUCGACGAAGAACUAUUAAGAAGACUUUGAGCUUUAAACAAGAAGAUGAUUAAAGCCAACGAGUAAAGAAUAUUCAAGUCAAGAGGAUAAGUAGCAUCUAUCAAGAUUCUUUAAGUUCAUGCAAUAAGAUGUAGUCGAUAGGAGUAGUUUUGAGGGUCUCCUAAUUAAAAUUUCUUUGUAUCAAGUAAUUAUGUUUGUUAUAGGAGUGUAAGUAUAUUGAUCUUAGUUGUUUAUUUAAUAAUAUGUUGUUGAUUGAAAUAGAUUUAUUUUCAUU